AUGGGUUGGGAAGGGCAAAAUUUUCUUAAAGAAGCAGUAUUCUCAAAAUCUUGGGAGAAGCAACUUAGCACUCUUGAAGUUUUGAUUGAAGAUGCUUCCCUUAGAGAGUUGCGUGCCAGUUCAGGGGACCUUGCAAGGCUUGCAAGUAGUGGUGAGAAUUUAAGUUCUAUAAUUAAUCGAGAAAGAGAUACGGAUUUUGGCCAACAAAAUAAAAAAGACAACCAUGAUGAUGUAGCACCAUGUUUUCAAAGUGGAGUUCUGCGCACUAACUGCAUUAACUGCUUAGAUCCUACUAAUGUUGCCCAGUAUGCUUAUGGGCUUGCUGCUUUGGGCCGCCAACUUCAUGCUAUGGGUUUGACAGACAUGCCAAAAGUUGACCCUAAUAGCAGCAUAGCUGCGGCUCUUAUGGAUAUGUAUCAGAGCAUGGGGGAUGCUCUUGCACAACAAUAUGGUGGCUCUGCUGCUCACAAUAGUGUGUUUCCAGAGAGGCAGGGAAGGUGGAAAGCUACUACCCAAUCUAGAGAAUUUCUUAAGUCUAUCAAGAGAUACUACAAUAAUGCCUACACCGAUGGUGAAAAGCAAGAUGCAAUAAAUUUAUUUUUGGGUUAUUUUAAACCACAGGAAGGGAAACCUGCUCUAUGGGAAUUGGAUUCUGAUUAUUAUCUUCACUUUUCUGGGAUUGGUGAUGACGUAUUCCCUGAUAAAUGUUUGGAAGCUACUGUUAAAGCUGUAGGACAUGGAAGGAUUCUUGCCCCUGUUCCAGCAUGCAGAGAAGAUUUUUCUCGGCUGAAAUUGACUUCCUUUGAAAAAUUGAUAGCGAAAACAUGUAUCUCAAUGAAAAAUGUUAAGACUUUGCAUGAAAUACAGUUGAAAAGUCCAAAUUGGCUCUUCGGCCAGAGAAAGUUUGAAGGAAAUGUGUCUGCUCCCAAAGUUACGUCACAUGAAAUUGUAAAUCGGGAAGUUCAUAAUGAAAUAAGAGCCGACAGUUUCUGUGACUUGAAUUGGCUUUCUUCGGUGGAUGACAUAAAUGAAGAAGAUGUCUUCCAGAGGUAUCUCACAAUGGCCUCUGCUGAUGAAGCCAAUGGUUGGUAUGGUGGAACACUGCUCGGUGAUGAAGACGAAGGCAGUGAGAUAUAUACUGAACUAUGCCAGAGGGAGAUGGACUAUUCUCAUGUUCUAGAAAUGAAUAGACUUGAUGUGGUAGACAAAGUUGUUGUCGAAGCAGAGAUGGAAGCAGUCCUCAGGGAGUAUGAUCAAAUUGGUGCUGAUCUUUGGAUCAUCCCGGCAUCAUGUAAAUUGUUUACUGAAGAUUCGAGUAGGUUGUCGAGAUGUGGAUCAUUGGGGAGGAGAAGUGGAGGAAAUUGUGAAACCAGUUUGCAGCUGUGUUUCGUGGCACUCCUCGCUUCAGAGAAAUAA